UGUUUCGAUUUGCUCCAUUUAAGUGAAGCUCAAAUGAGUAAAGAAGAGUUCUUGAAGAUCCAGACUUGUGUUCUAAAAGUGAACAUACAUUGUGAUGGCUGUAAGCAGAAAGUGAAGAAAAUCUUGCAGAAAAUUGAUGGGGUUUUCACUAUCAAAAUAGAUGCAGAACAGGGUAAAGUGACCGUUUCAGGGAACUUAGACCCAGCUCUACUCAUCAAGAAGCUCAAUAAAUCAGGCAAACAUGCUGAGCUUUGGGGUGCUCAGAAGUCCAACAACAACAAUCUCAACAACCAGUUCAAGAACAUGCAAAUUGACAGUGGCAAAGGUGGCAAAAAGGGCGGUGGAGGCGGUGGAAACAACCAGCCUAAGGGUGGUCAGAACAUCCAGAGCCAGCAGCUUCCACAGCUUCAGCAGUUCCAGCAGCUCCAGCAGCAGAUGAAAGAUUUCCAAGAUCUCAAGCUGCCCCAAUUCAAGGACCUCAAGAUACCCUUCAAGGACCCGGGUCCGAACCUGAACCAGAAAGGAGUGAAAUUCGCCCUGCCUGACGAUGACGAAUUCAGUGACGGUGACUAUGAUGACUAUGAUGAUGAUGAUGAUUUUAUGGAUGAUGAGGAGUUCGAUGAUGACUUGGAUGAUGCCCACCGCCAAGCAGUCAGCAAGAUGAAGCCUAUGAUGGGCAAUGGCCAGAUGCCCAACAUGAUGCUGAAUGGGAUGAUGAAUGGGAAUCAUGCCCAGCAGCUCUUGAAUGCUCAAAAGGGUGGGGGAAAUGUUGGAGGUAGUGCUGGUAAUAAUGGCAAGAAAGGGGGCGGUGCUGGUGUGCCUAUUCAAGUGGGUGGUGGGAACAAUGAUGGCAAAAAUGGGAAUGGUGGGAAAAAGGGAGGAGGAAAUAACCAAAACCAAGGUGGUGGUGGUGGUAAAAAUGGUGGCAAGAACGGGGGUGAUGCCAAAAAUGGUAACCAUGGCGGUAAUCCUAACAACAAGAAUGGCGGCGGUGGCGGUCCCAGCGGCAACAUCAAUGGGAACGGCAGCCAAAAGGGUGGCGGAAUGGAAAACGGGUUCCUCCACAUGGGUGGUGGUGGUGCUAAUGGCGGUGGGGGGCAGAUGGGUGGUAUGAAGAUUCCAAUGGGUCAUAUGGGCAGCAUGCCAACAGGGCAAAUGAGCAAUUUCCCGGCUGUCCCAGGCCUCCCAGCCGGCUCCCUGCGCGGCGGCGGAGGAGUGGGCAGAGCAGAUGGCUACUUCCACGGCGCCGGGCCGGAGGCCAUGUCCGGAAAUCCUUACCAGCAGCAGCAGCAGCAACAGCAACAGCAGCAGUACCUAGCCGAAGUGAUGAAUCAGCAGAGGGCUAUGGGCAAUGAGAGGUUCCAGCCCAUGAUGUACGCCCGGCCACCGCCAGCUGUCAAUUACAUGCCGCCAUACCCAAACCCCUACCCAAACCCGUAUGCCGGCUCCGGCUCCGGCUCAUACCCAUACCCAUACCCAUACCCGCCGCCCCCACACGGGGAGGGGUACAGCUACUUCAGCGAUGAGAACACAUCAAGUUGCAAUGUGAUGUGAGAAACUUAUGCUCUGCUUAUAGAUAAGAGUUGGGUGCUGUUGAAGGAGGUUUUUGGUCUUUUCUGAAGAGAGUUUGUGGUGGGGUUGUGAUGGCGGCGGCGGCAGGUCUCCGCCACAGUUUGAAGAACUGGAAAUCUCGUGUUAUAUGAUACUUGCCAAUGGGGUUUUCUUCUUCUUCUUCUUCUUCUCCAUCUUCUUUUCCCUUCUGAAAUUUUAGUGCCCUCUUUUUUCCCUUCCCUCGUAUCCCUAAGCAAAAGAUGUAGGGUUCUUAAAUUUCUGUAAUAGGGGAAGUAACUAUAGAU